CCGCUCGGCGGCGGCAGGUGAGGAUGUGGCUGGGCAGGCGCCCCCGCGCUGGCGGCCGCCGGGGCUGAGGUCGCUGUGAUGGCCGAGCCGGGCGCCGGGUCGGCGGGCGCCGGCGGGGGUUCGUGCCCGCUGUGGACGGCGCUGUACGACUACGAGGCGAGCGGCGAGGACGAGCUGAGCCUGCGGCGGGGGGACGUGGUGGAGGUGCUGUCGCAGGACGCCGCCGUGUCCGGCGACGACGGCUGGUGGGCGGGGAAGAUCCGCCACCGUCUCGGUAUCUUCCCCGCCAACUACGUGACCCGGCAGCCCCGCGGCGGGGCGGCGGGCGGCGGCGGCGGGCGGGGGGAACCCGCGGGGACCCUGACGGAGAUCGACUUCCAGCACCUGGAACUGCAGGAGAUCAUCGGCGUCGGGGGCUUCGGAAAGGUGUACCGGGCGACUUGGCGGGGCCGCGAGGUGGCCGUGAAGGCGGCGCGGCAGGACCCGGACGAGGACAUCACGGCCACAGCGGAGAGCGUGCGGCAGGAGGCCAAGCUCUUCUCCAUGCUGCGGCACCCCAACAUCAUCGCCCUGCACGGGGUCUGCCUGCGGGAGCCCAACCUCUGCCUCGUCAUGGAGUUCGCCCGCGGCGGAUCCCUCAACCGGGCCCUGGCCGCCGCUCCCGGCGCCGCCCGCGGGGGCCGCCGCAUCCCCCCGCACGUCCUGGUGAACUGGGCGGUGCAGAUCGCCCGCGGCAUGCUCUACCUGCACGACCAGGCCAUCGUCCCCAUCCUGCACCGGGACCUCAAGUCGAGCAACAUUUUAUUGCUAGAGAAGAUGGAACACGAUGACAUUUGUAAUAAAACUCUGAAGAUUACUGACUUUGGUCUGGCUAGAGAGUGGCACAGAACAACCAAAAUGAGUGCAGCAGGGACUUACGCGUGGAUGGCUCCAGAAGUUAUCAAGUCCUCUAUGUUUUCUAAAGGAAGUGAUAUUUGGAGUUAUGGAGUGUUGCUGUGGGAACUGCUUACAGGAGAAGUUCCUUACCGUGGCAUUGAUGGCCUUGCUGUGGCUUACGGAGUUGCUGUCAAUAAGCUGACUUUGCCCAUUCCAUCCACCUGCCCUGAACCAUUUGCAAAACUAAUGAAAGAAUGCUGGGAGCAGGACCCUCAUAUCCGACCAUCGUUUGCCUUAAUUCUUGAACAGCUUACUGCCAUUGAAGGGGCAGUAAUGGCUGAAAUGCCUCAAGAAUCUUUCCACUCCAUGCAAGAUGAUUGGAAAUUGGAAAUUCAACAGAUAUUCAAUGAACUGAGGACCAAGGAAAAAGAACUUCGAUCACGAGAAGAGGAGUUGACAAGAGCAGCUCUUCAGCAAAAGUCUCAAGAAGAAUUACUUAAACGCCGUGAGCAACAGUUAGCGGAGCGUGAAAUCGAUGUACUAGAGCGUGAGCUGAAUAUCAUGAUAUUCCAGUUAAAUCAAGAGAAACCAAAUGUAAAGAAGAGGAAAGGCAAAUUUAAAAGAAGCCGGUUAAAACUGAAAGAUGGGCACAGGAUUAGUUUGCCAUCAGAUUUCCAGCAUAAAAUAACAGUGCAGGCCUCUCCUAAUCUAGAUAAGAGGAGGAGUUUAAACAGUAACAGCUCAAGUCCAUCUAGUAGCCCUACAAUAAUUCCUCGUCUUCGAGCUAUACAACUGAUUCCCAAAACAGAUAUGCACACAACUAAUGGCCGAAGAAACAGUGUAUAUGUAUACCAGCAAGAUGUAGAUAUCACAAGUGAAUAUGAACUUCCCAGUGGGGUUAUGAAAAAAGUAACAUCAGAUGAAAGCAACAGAACUUGGGGAAGGAGUACAACUUACCACCAAGAAGAGUUUGAAGAUGUGAAGAGAAAUUUUAAAAAGAGAGGUUGUACAUGGGGACCAAGUUCAGUACAAACAAAGGAUCGUGCAGAUUGUAAGGACAAAGUAAGACCCCUUUCAGAUGGCAGCAACCCUUGGUCAACCCUUUUAAUGAAAAAUCAGAAGGGUGUUCCCUUAGCUUCACUAUUUGUGGACCAAGGUGCCAGUACUGAUAAGAAACAUCUCCCUGAAGGUUUGGACAGUAAAAGACCAAAGCCAAUUAAGUUGCCGAAUCAGGCCUAUAUUAAUCUACCUCUUUGGAAAGAUGAUCAGGGAGAGAAUACAGUAGAAAAUGAGAGCUUUGAAGAAGGAACUUCUGCUAGUUCUACAAAUAGUACUCCUCAAAUGACACCCACAAACAGCCUGAGCAGGCCGCUGCAGAAAAAGAAGACUGAUUCAGUGCUGUAUGGGUGUGCUGUCCUCCUUGCGUCUGUUGCCCUGGGCUUAGAUAUCAGAGAGCUGAACAAAUCGCAGGGUCCAGACGAACUCUUGCCUAAAGAUGAGAAGAAGAAGCGUGAUGGAAUAUUUCUGCGUGCUUCCAAAUUUCGCAGGAGUGCCAGCCCUACAAGACUGCAAUCCAGAAAAGAGGAAACAAGUAUUCCAUCUCUAAAUCCAGCUGCAAAUACUGUGAAUCUUCUUUCUAUGCCCUCCAUUUCCACAAAAUGCCUACUUCAGUCUGACAGUGAAGAUGCAUUUGUAAGCACUGUGCUUGGUGAUUGGGGUCCAUGUAGUUCCACUGAUGAAUUCUCAUCUGAAACUUGUGAAACUAAGAGAGAACAGAGGACACAGCUGGCUCCUAACACAGUUUCUGCACAAUUAAAAAGUCAACCUUUUAAUCUUUGUCUGAAACAAGAAUCUCAGAAUGUGCCAAACGAUUCCUCGAAAAAGUUGUGUGUGUUGGGUCACAGGCGAACCUUAUCGGAUGGAAACAAUUUUCAAACCACAGCUAAUGGAUUUGCUUCAACCAAUGGGGUCUCCAUGUUACCUGUUGUAUCAGUUACUGGAGCUCUACACUCACCAUCUGUUCAACAAAGACACAAUCACAGUGGUGUUUCAACUGGAACUGGAAAGCAAAGUGCUGUCAAUGUUAUAUCAAGGCCUCGACCUUCUAUAAGAAGUAAGAUUGAUUCCUGGCAGAUUAUUCCACGUAUUGUUAAACCAAACUCUAAAGACUCUGAAUAUUUAGAGGGCAAUAUAGAUCCAGGUGUUAACUUCUUGCCAGAUACAGAGGAAAGAACUAAUUGCCACAUGCCCUCCUUACUUGAUAUUGAUGCGGAAGGUCAAAACAGAGACUGUACCGUGCCUUUAUGUAGAAUGAAGAGCAAAACUUGUCGGCCAUCUAUAUAUGAACUGGAGAGAGAGUUCUUGUCAUGAGUGCCUUUCAUUUUAAAAAUGUUUGCUUUAUAAAGGGGAACAAAUAUAAAAUUUUUAUCCAUCUAAUGCUCUGUGCUGCUGUUUUCUGAUGUACUGUGACAAAAAGUACCAAAAUUAAAAUGGGCAGCUAAUUAAGAAAGUGUGGUUAGGUGCCUUUUUGAAAUGUUCCUUGGGAUCCCAGCUAAUAACUCUAAAAGCACAAUGCUGCAAAGUAGUAUUCUAGGUGAACUUUAUAAGUGUAUUUUGGAUGACUCAAAGAACAUGCUGUCCUUCCUCUGCAGUGUCACAGAAGUUUGCUUUAGGUUUGAGGAGUAUGCCUAGGAAUUUGGAUUUUGCACAUUGGAAAAAUGAAUGAUAUACAGUAAGGUUAUAUUCCAUCAAGAAAUGUUUCACCUAAGAAGUGGUUAUCUGCAGCUUGUAGUGGACUGUAGAAUUGGGGGGGGCAGUAGAGGAUUUAAGGUGCUGGUGCAGGAGGCUCUGUUCACUCCUCGUUAGGGAGCUGGUUACUUUAUUGGCAUUUGGUACUGAAAUUGUUUAAGGACCAGCAGCUGAAUUUGCAGCCUUUGCCCUUGGGUUUUGUGAGAACUUUCAACUAUGUGCAUUAGUUCCUCCAGAAAGUUACACUGCUUAUAUAAAUACUCAGGUUUCAGCCACCAUAUCAACUUGAGUGGGUAAACUUUAGUAUUGCGAUCGGAUUAAAAGUAUUUGACAUAACUUUCUAAUGUGAAGAAACAUUCCUUGUAAGUUAGGAUACACUGGAAAGUAAAUAUUUGUACUCUUCACCUUUUGAAGACUACAGUGUUUGCACUGUGAACAGUACUUUUUGUUUGGGAUUUUUUUUUUGUUUGUGGCAGAGGGGUUUGUGCCCCUUAUUGCUUUUUAAACUCUGCUGCACCUUGUAUUGAGGAAGGGUGAUGGGUUUUAAGGAUGAUCGCUUUUGGUUUUAAGUGAACCAACGGUGUGUUUUACUGCACUGGAAUUUUAAAACUGCGAUAAUUUAAUAUUACAUCUUUCAGUAUAAUCUCUGCAGUUUUUCUUCCUGAAAUUACUACUGAGUGCCCAGUUAUUCAUGUUUAGGAAUUACAGGGCAGAAAAAGAUAUGCUUGACUGGUUGUAGAAAGGUUCCAGAAAAUUCCAAGUAGUUAAUUGUGGGGGGAGGAACACUUAACCUUGAUAACACCGAGAGUUUAAUUUUUUACAGUAUCACUAAGAUUAAAUAAAACCAAAUGUACAAUAUGCUUGCCCUAUGAAAGUGUUUCUAGAAUUAAAGGAACAUCCCUCAUAUUCCAGUAUUUGAAGUCUUAAUUUUGCAUAUCAUUUGAUAUUUAAAUAGUCUUCAUAAAUAAAAUUACAUAAUGUUAGAAUAAAACUACUGUUCUUAUCAGAACACUGUUUUGUUGAGGUCUUUGUUUUAAAUGUUUUCUUCUCCUUUGCUCUGGGGUCUGGGAGUUCACUUGUUAGGUAGAAUACACAAUUGCUUAAAGCUUCAAACCCAAGAGAUUAACAAAGAAAGUUUCUGUUCUGAGACUGGUAUGCAGUACAGUGGCUACCUUGAGGGUGACAGACGAUAUGUAUAAAACCAUGAAGUCUUAAUCACACAGAGCAGAACUCAGAAAAUGCAACUUCCCAGUUCUCAAAGUGAAAAUAGAAAAGGAUUUCCUGAAGUAUUAGUUUACCAAAAAUAAAGGCAUAACCACUAGUUGUCUGUAAAACUGUCUGCAUAGCAGAUUAAGUUAUUACAUUUUGUUCAAACCUGCUUCUGUUUCAGUAUUAGUUCUUUGUCAACGUGAUUCAAGUUACAUACUGUUCUUUGUCUUCAAACUUUCAUCACAACACUUUAAUAGAUGCUGUCUAUUCCAGUUUUAGUAUAAAAUGUUUUCAUAAAAUAAAAAUCAGUAAGGUAAUGCACAUGGAUCACAUUUUAAGUAUAGCUUGAUAUCAGAUUUGUUUUCAAGACUUAAUUAGAAUUUUGGACCAUUAUGUAUAUUUCAGUUCUUUCUUGAUCAAUUAUUCUUGUGUAAUACUGAGAGAAAAUUAUUUGAUUGUAUUUUAUGUUUCUGAAGAAAGUAUCUCUGCCUUUCUACAGGAAAAUCUCAGGUGCUGAAGUAUUUUGACUUGUAAACUUGUUCUGUACUUUUAAGGUUUAUAUAAUUUUAAGUGUUGAAUUUUGCACCCUGUGUUUUGUAAUCAGUAGUAUCAGCAAAAAAAAAAAGCCCUUUGUGAGCUAUGUUGUUUUCAAUUAUCUGUCUUGUAAUUAAACAAAGAUUUCUAUUCCUGUUCAGUGUGUAAUUUCCCAUAUGUGGGACUUAACAAUAUGACCAGCCCACUGUAUUGUAACUAAUUUAGAAGUUUGAAUCACACUUGUUCUGAGACAAUUUAGGUAAGCCAUCCCAAGUAUUUCUGUGAUGUGACGCAGGGUUUUCUUUAAGCUAUAGUCUAUAGUGCUUUAUCAUUGUUUUUUAUGGUUUAACAUUAUAGGCCAGUCUUCACUGAAAGUAAAAAGAGAAAAUGAAAAAAGUUAUUGUAAUCAUGGUUUCACAGUCUGCAUUUCACUUGUCACUAGAGAAACCUUCUAUAAAGGUGUACAUCAAGUGAUCUGUCUUGGUUAAAAGUAUAUUUAUUUCAAUGUAGGUUAAUAACCUGACCAAAUAAUAAAUUAUCUUGAUUGUUUUAGCCUAAAACUGAAGGUGCUUACACUACAAAAAUUAAGAUAAACACUUGACAUACUGUUUUAUAAAACCUGAUGAUUUAAAUGUUUUUAUUUAAAAAAUAAAUAUUUUGUAGCUACUGUAUUGCAAAGUGACCUGAAUUUUCUUGAAAAAUAUAUUUUAAUGCUUCCUUAACACAUACAAAGGAGUUUUCUGGUGAAUAACCAGAAACUAUAGACUGUGGCCAGCCUGUUUUUGGAACAUUAGAAUGUCAUUGUUAUUUUAAGAUUAAUUAUCCAGUACAGUGCUAUGAAUGUUCCUAUAAUUUCUUGCAAUUGAUGUGGGCAGAAGCAUGUGGUAUAAGCUUGUUCUUUCUUUCAUGUGCCCAUAAUAUGUCUUUUGAUGCUUUUACAAUGUUGUCUGUGUAUCUUAGAGGAGGUAAAGCAGUGGACAUAAAUAAAUUCUGCAUCUGAUGCAACAUCAAGAAUACAGGUAAGAAAUAACAUAUUUCUGUUAUGGGAUUCUGCGGGAGGAGGGUUCAUUUUUUGGUUUGGAGAGGGUUGGUACUUUGUAGGGUUUUUUGUUUGAUUAGGUUUUGGGUUUGUUGCCCAAGACCAUAUCCAGUUGAGUUUUGAAUAUCUCCACAGAUGGGGACUCCACAACUUCUCUGAGCAGUCUAUUCCAGUGUUUGAGCACCCUCACCGUAGAAAUAUUUUCUCAAAUUCAGAUUUAAUUUCCUGGGUUUUCUUUUUAGCUUCUGCCCACUUCCUCUUGUCCUGUCACUGGACACUACUGAAUUCUUUCUUCUUCUUCAUUCCCCCUUAUUCUGGUAUUUAUAAACAGUGAUAAGAAUCUCCUGGAGCCUUCUCUUCUUUUCUCUAGGCUAAACAAUCCCAACUCUUUCAGUCUUUUCACAUAUGAAAUAUGAGCCAGUCCUUUGAGGCCCUGCACUUGAUUUGUUAUAGGAAGUUGUCACAGUUUAGCCCUGACCCAGCUAACUUUGGCAGCUAAAACCAUGCAGUUGGGCUCCCAAAUCCCUUCUCCCUCAUCCCUAGGGAAAGGAAAAUAGAGACAGAAAACGGACUCUAAUUUAGCUCAAACCACAACAUAAGUCUGUAUCAUUCUUGUGCUGGGGAGCACAAAACUGUGCACAGCACUCCAGAUGUGGCCUCAUCAGUGCUGAGUAGUAGAGAAAGACCACCUGCUGGUAACACUCUUGGUGCAGAAUACCACGGGCCACCUUUGCUGCAAGGACACAUUACUCCCUCAUGUUCAACUUUUUGUUCACUAGGAAUCCUCAGGUCUUUUUUCUGCAAAGCUGCUUCUCAUAUAGUUGACACCCAGUGUGUACUGAUGUAUUUCCACCUUAUGAGAUCCCUCUAAGCCCAGUUUACCAGCUUGUCCAGGUAUCCUCUUUUUGGCUGGGAUUGAGUUAGUUUUCCUCCCAGUAGUUGCUGUGUUUUAGAGUCAGUAUGAGAAAAAUGUUGAUAAUACACUGAUGUUCUUAGUUGUUGCUAAGAAAAUCGAGGACUUCCAAGUUUCACGUGGUCUGCUGAUGAGCAGGUGUACAAGAAACUGGGAGGGGAGCAUAGCCAGAACAGCUGACACAAGCUGGCCAAAGAGACGUUCAAUACCAUAUAGCGUUAUGCUCAGUAAAUAAAUGGGAAGUUGACUGGGGACAGGGAUCACUGCUCGGGAAUAUCAUAGAAUCACUAGUUUGGAAAGGACCCACUGGAUCAUUGAGUCCAACUAUUCCUAUCAAUCCCUAAACCAUGCCCUCUGCACCUCAUGCACCCAUCCUUUAAACAUCUCCAGGGAAGGUGACUCAACCACCUCCCUGGGCAGCCUGUUCCAGUGGCCAGUGACCCUUUCCAUGAAAAGUUUUUUCCUGAUGUCCAGCCUAAACCGCCCCUGGCAGAGCUUCAGGCCAUUCCCCCUUGUCCUGUCUCCUGUUACUUGGGAGAAGAGGCCAGCUCCCUCCUCUCUACAACCUCCUUUCAGGUAGUUGUAGAGAGCCAUAAGGUCUCCCCUCAGCCUAUGCUGGAUAUUGUUCUCUGGCGUUGGUAAGCAAUAGUAUUGUGCACGACUUAUUUUGUAUAUAUUAUCAUCAUUGUUCUCUUUUUCGUUUUGCUGUUCUAUUAAACGGUUUUUCUCCCAGCCCAGAAGUUUUCCUUUUUUUCCAGAUUCUCCUACCCAUGUUCCCCGGGGUUUGAGAGAGCACCUGCCUGGUCCUAGUUGCUGGUUGCGUUUAAAUGACAACACCAGGACUCUCUGAAUUGGCAGCACAGCUAUCUGGUGCAUCAGUCACUCUUAACAGGUUUUGUAUCAUCUGCAAACUUGCUGAGGAUACACCCUGUCCAGGUUUUUAAUGAAGUUGUUAGUAUUUGCCCUGCUAUCCACCCCUGGGGUGCUCCACUGCUGACUUGAUAUUUAAUCAAGUUGUUAAUAACCUGUUCAUAUUUUAUUCAUGUAAUAUUUAAUACUUUUCCUGAGUGAUUUAGGUAAUAGCUAUUCUUCAGUUGCUUUCAAAGACACUUUUCUUCCCAUUUCAAAAUUAAAGGCACAAUGACCAUUCUCACACCUAGGCUUUAGUGAGGGAUUCUAGUAGUUAAGAUCUGGCAUCAGGAUGGCCAAGUUCAGUGCUUCUUAGCGUAACAGCAUGUAUCUGUUCAAAAUCUUUACAGUGUGCUUCAAAAGCAGAGUCAUCAGUUCAGUCUGGGUGAGUAAACUAGUCAAACUUCAGUCAAAUGUCAAAAUUGGUGUUACUCCUUUGAGUAAUCAUUAAUCUCUGCAACACUGCUAAAUAGACUUCUAGGAAGCAUUUGCAUUGAACAUCAGAAUUCCCUUCCACCACAACCAAGUGUGUACUUACAGGUCUGACAACUUGAGUCUGUUGUGGCUUCUGGAGAAAUUCAUGAAUACUCUGGUUUCCAAAGGUUUCCAAUGAACUCCUUGGCAGAAAGCUGUUAACAUUUCUCCAAAGAAAGGUGCCCAGUGCCAUGCCAACACUAGCGGCCGAGUUCUUUGCAUGCCAGAGAAUUUACAUAAACUCUGUGUCGUCCUUUCUCCCUGCCAGCAGUUUAGAUAUACCUAGCUAAGAUCUUUGAUGUAGUAGUAGUCACUACUACUAUGAAUAGUCUAGUUAUAUGGAGGCUUGCCAGUUGUUAUGAAAGGAGAUGGGAGUCUGCAUAUUUGGGGCCCAGGAGAAAGCAGAAAGAAGACAACAAUUCAUUCCCCUCACUGUUUUGCAAAUCACUUGAAUAAUUCAAAGACUUCUGGUUUUAUGGCAGACAGGAUUAGGCAAUAAUGUUUUACAAAGGCUUCAUACUCUCUGCUACUUGGCAGAGUGAAAGUGAUGUUUGUUCCUUGCAUUAGGUGCCACUUACUCUGCCUGAUAAAUGCUAUCAACAGUUGAAGGAGGUGCAAGAUUUUCUUUCCAUGCCUUAUGCAGAAAAGGUAGUUGUGCUAGCAGGUAGAUCAAAUAUCAGGUGUAUCUGCCAGUAGUCUAGGUAAGUCACAGAUUUAUACUAUAUAUGUAUUGUCCAGUGAUUUAAGCUAUUUUGAGUGCAUGGUUCCUGCGAGUGCUGGAUAAUCUCUUACAGGCUGUUUCCAGUGCCAGGGUAUUCACCCAAAGGGAAUCCACUUCUGAAGUGGCCUGAAUGUGUUCAGAUGCCUUCUUGACUCUCUUGCUUGGGAAAUUAUAUGCAUCUCUUUCGAUGCAUUUGCCACCUGAAAUGUUUAAGGAAGAUGUAGCAAAGUCUAUUUUAUCAGCAGGAAUGGGCAAUAUUCCCCUCUUCUAGCUGCAUGCGAGACAAAUAGAGGGAUCUGGCUUAUAUGUGGCCCAACAGGUGUUGCUGAAGGUAGUUCUGUGAUAAAAAGCCCUCUGUAAAUGUCUAUAUAGUAUGAAUAUAUAUAAUUUAAUGCUUUUCAAAAAGAUAAUUGCCUCAAAUUUUGUGAGCAAUGAUUUUAGUACUUGUUUUCAAUUAUUUUUGAUACCUGAUGAAAUUUUUUGAAUACUUGUGGAAGUCAGGAUAGGAUGAGGCUUGGUUACAGUUGAAAAAAGCCUAAGUUGGAAUUUUUUUUCUCCACUUUCUCCUUUUCCAUACAGUCCAAUUUAAGUUUGUUUUGCUGCUAAUAGGGAAAAGCCAAGAGUUCCUGUAGUCCACUAAAGCCUUCAUUGUUAAAUAAAAUGUAUCAAAAAUAGCAGGUCGGGACUGAGCAUGAGAAGCAAUGAGAUUGAGAUCUACGUGAUCUAUAUGGAAAUCUUAUCAAUUUCUAAAUCUUGUAAUGCAAGCCAAUUGGCACUUUUCCCUGGAAAGGAACUCAAAGGAUCAAAACUGGAAAGUACUUUUGUAACAGACAACAACAAUUAUACAGGAAAUCAAUUGUAUUAUAGUUUAGAGGCCAGUUAUUUAUUGCUCUUUUCCAUUUGCAGUUACAAUAGAGUUGAACCUUGAUUUUGUGUUGUGGACAAUGUCAGAAGAUGCCCUGCAGAUUUCUUCUGAUGUUCAACAAAGUUCAUCAAACCCAGCAAAUUAGCAGUUUUUUUUUUUUUUCCUCUUUCUAAGCUUUCUCUAGCCUGCUUUCUACCUGCUAUGGCUAAAGUCUUACCUACACUUGUUGGUUUUAAUAAAGCUAGUGAAUUCUUCACAUCUGACUGUAUAGCAAAAGAUUGAUGCAAAAUACAAUUUCUUGGCAUGAACUAGUGAGGUGAUGGCUUUGCCUGACCACUGGGAAUUGUUUCACCACUUUUUUUUGUGGGUUUUUGUUUGUGUUUAUUGUGUUUAUAAAAUUGCCUGAGUUUCCUUCCAAUUUUACCUUGCAUGUACUCCUGCCGUUUUUUAAAAAAAACUUUUUCUGCAGGCUUUUGCUUUGUCCUCAAUAUUAGUAAAGAAUUCACAAUUUACUCAAGUUAGUGUUUUUCUAUAAUUUAAUUUCUCUCACACUGAGAUAGUUUGGUGCCAUGCCCUUGAUCCAAAGUUUCAAAAUUAUUUUGUCCUUACUUUUCAGCCUAUACUCACGUCUGUUAGCUACACACGUCUAGUUUUGUUGGUUAGGGGGAGAGAUACUGAGUGGUAUCCCCUUUUGAGCUAAGUCCACAGAGAUUUUUAUUUUUUUAUUGCCCAGGACCUUUUUUGCCCCCCAGUUCUUGCUGUAUUUUGCACUACUGAGCAAGCAUAUGAAUCUUUGAUAAGUAAAACAACAUUUCCAUCUGUUUCCCCUUUUUUAAUAAGCUUUAUCUUUCAUGAUUUGUUUUCUGGUCAUGGUACCUUUCAUGCCGAUCGACUGAAUCUUGUUCAUUGUAGUAAGACUAAGCUUUCCCUCAUUCUUACUGUUGUGUUAUAAAGCUAUCUAAGACUAGUUUCAGUCACUCUUCUGUCUCCUUGCUUAACUGUGACCAUUAUUUAUAAAUAAAUGUCUCUUAUUUUUAGGUCCAUGUCCAGGUUCCCUUAUUAAUAUUUUCCUGUGUGCCUUUGCGAACUGCCCCAUUCACCCUUAUUUAAAAUCUUCCUCCCUAGGUUAAGGAAUCGACGUUCUAGAUGGAGUCCUUGUCUAAUAGCUUGUCUACGUAGGCUUGUCCCCACAGAUAUCCGAUAUCAGAGAGUUAAAAACACUGUACCUAAAUGUUAUCAGUUCGGUGACCUCUCCCAUGCCACUUUCAACAAUGAUUAACAGUGUUGUUUCAAGGAAGAUUUAAAAAAUGUGCUUAUGUAAUUGCAUUGGAUCGAUUCAGCCAAUUUAGUUCACAUUUGGGGUUAUAAAUUUCAAGUA